UUUCCAUUUCUUUUUCCUUUCCUUUUCCCUUUCUCUUUCCCUUUGAAGUGGAAUUACCUACUUUAUCCUUAUCUUGGCUUGAGUAACUCCCCUUUUUUGCUAUUCCACUCUACUCCUCCAUCUUUCAUCUCCAAUUCCAAAUUUGCUUUUCCGAUCCCCUUUUCUUCUUCACCAAUCCUACCUAAAAUUAAUGUAUCUUCAUCAACUAAUUCAUUCUUAGCCCAAAAUCAAAUGGAACAACAAAACCCAAACAACCUAAAUUCAACUUACUUUCCUCACAUUUUAGUUAGUGAAAUGAGGAAUAAAGAUGAUUAACAAAGUUAAUAAUGUUAAACAUUUUGUAAUUUGUAUACUUCUUGUAAUGCACAAUUGAAUAAAAUUGGGUGUUAAUUUAAGGCGAUGGAAACAAGCACAACACCUCCAGGGUUUAUAACAGAUCAACAACCACAAGUAGCACCGCCACCACCAUUGAUGAUGAUUAGCCAACAACAACAACAACAACAACAACAAGGGAAUCAUUACAGUGCACCAAGUGGUCAUGUAGGGCCUGUAAUAGGAGUAGUGGCGAUGAUUGCGGUGUUGGGUAUUUUAGCUGGGUUAGUUGGUAGAUUGUGUAGUGGGAGGACAGUUUUGGGUUAUGGUCCUCAUUUUGAUGUUGAAGCUUGGCUUGAGUCUAAGUGUUCAUCUUGUCUUGACGGCCGUGUUGCGCCGUCUCGUGCUCACCAUCCGCAUAUGCAUAUGAAUACGCAUAUUAUGAUGGAGAGCUAUCCUAAUGGUGGUGGUGGUGGUGGUGGAGGUGGGAGAGGUGAUAAUGUUUCGAUGCGAGUACCGACACAUUUGCAGUCAGAGCAACCAUUACCACAGGUACAUCCACAUCCACAUCAGCACCUUCAACAGGUUGUUGAAGAGGGUAACAGGAGAAGUAGUGAAGCUGCUGUCUGCCCAGAGCCUGAGAAAAGAAAAGUACGGGUACAAGGACCGAUACAGGUACAGCAUCAGGAAGAUCAGCAACAGCAUCCAAUUGAUGGUGUUGUCAAUGAUGAGGAUGAGUUAAGUGAGUCCUCGGAAGAGUUACAUGACCAUCACCACCACCAACAACACCGACACGAGCACCACCAACAACACGAACAUCAUCAACAACAACAACAACAACAACAACAGUAUCAGCAGCAGCAGCAACAACAACAGAGGAAUCAGCAGCAGCAACAACAGCUGCAGCAGAUGCAGCAGCAACAACACCUGCAACAGCAACAGCAGCAGCAACAACAACAGGCUCAUCAUAAUAACCGCAUUGAUUGAAUAUAAUUUGUUAGUUAAUGGGUGAAUUUGAUAGAAGAAAGUGGUUCAAGAACUAUUACUGUAGUGCUGUAGUUCCAGUGUCAACCCAAUUAGAUGUGACUAUGUAUCUAAUAUCUGUCAUCGCUUGUUAAUCUGUUGUUUGUUACUCCUUAUUUUGGUAUUAGAAUUUAAUCACUACUACAUCAUAUUCAUA